AUGGACCCCGCGCUGCUGCCGACGACCGAGGAGCCGCGACACGAGACGCCCCAGCUCAAGUCGCGCUCCCCCUCCACCUCCCCCUCCAUCUCCACCUCCACCACGCCGCCGCCGCCCUCGUCACAGCUCCCCACCGCGCCCUCGUCACAGCUCCCCACCGCGCCCUCGUCACAGCUCCCCACCGCGCCCUCGUCACAGCUCCCCACCGCGCCCUCGUCACAGCUCCCCACCGCGCGCCCGGCCCCGCUCCGCACCCCAACCCCAGCCACGCCCCAGCUCACCUCGACGCCGCCCACCGCCCCUCUCCACAGCCAGACCGCCGCCCUCGUCGACGCCGCCGCCGCCGUCUUGUACGCCCCCGACCAGGUCAACAAUGCCUCCGCCGACAAGCUUCGCUCCAUGGUCGACAGCCUCGUCAACGCCCUGCGCGACGUCAGGCUCUCCGCUGCCCACUACAAGCUGCAGCACAGCAUGGCCGUCAUGGAGAGCCAGGAGGCCGCCAGUCGCAUGGCCGUCGAGCUGGCCAUGGCCCAGAGGGAGCUGGAUGUCCUGCAGCAGGCCGAAGACCACCGCCGCCAGGCCGCUGCCCCGCCCGAACAAAGCUACGCCGAGACUGCCACCGCUGCCAACGCUGCCAACGCCAUCGUCAUCGCCGAGAUGAGCCGCCAGAACCAGAUCCUGCGGGCCGAGAACGAGCAGCUCCGCGACUGGUUCGAGCAGCAGAAGCGCCUGACCGAGCACCGCGAGGGCGAGCUGGCCAGUCUGAUAGAAGAGAACGACCGCCUCAAGACCAGGAUCCGCAAGAACAGAGACCACAUGGCCCCCUUUCUCGAGCACAUGAGCGAGCAUGCUUCUCCGCGCUCCGUCUUUGGCACGCCCCGCCAACCCACGCCCAGGCGCAUGCAUCGCACCCCACUCUCCCACGACAACAUGCGAGGACAGAACAACUUCGAGGCGCUCCUCCUCGCCGACAAGAUGUUGAGCCAGGACACCACCACAGCGCCUGCCACGCCAAGGACCGCCACACACGCACCGAGGUCUCGAGGGCACCACAGAGGUGCGCAGUCCAUGUCUUCCCUCCCCAAUACCCCCAACAGGCGAUCGCAUCCCUAUGCUAGGCCACCGCGCACCCCGCCCAGCUACAUGCCUACAGCCAUUCCCCAAUCGGCGCCACCUGCUCACUACCAGCAGAAGACUGUGCAUGAGCGCCGACAGAGCUCCAACUCGACCAUCACAGCCUCCAGCAUAGACGAGGAAGAGGCCUGCACCGACCGAGAAGGCGGCGAGGUCAACGAGUCUCAAGCCAGUCAGAUGGCCGCCAGCAUGCUUCGCGAAGCGACCACACCCAAGGCCAUGCAUGCACCGCCCUCGUCGAAUCUCGUGCAGAGCAAGAUCUUCGGCCACGUAAAGAAGGGCCACAGCUCCACACGCCCGAGCGAGCUGGAGAAGCGCCGGCCGGGGUCUGCAGGUCACCACGCCAGUCCGCAGAAGCGGGCACGCGUUGAUAACGGCGUAGGUCUAGGCAUCGGAGGCUUGCGAGACUAA